GACCAGGGGUGGACUGACAGCUCAUGGGGCCCCCGGGCAAUAGGGGAUCAUGGGGCCCCUGUGUCCUUGCCCAAACUCAAAAAAGCCUAUGAAAAAGGUACCAGGGGCAUUUCAUGGGGCCCCCUACUGACCCUGGGCACUCGGGCAGUGCCCGAGUGUUCAAAUGGUCAGUCCGCCUCUGCCCCCUUCCUGUCCAGGCCAAUUUUCAGCUUUCAGUGCUAUCACACUUUGAAUGACAAUUGCGCGGUCAUGCAACACUGUACCCAUAUGUAUUUUUUAGCAUUUUUUUGAGACAGAUAACACUUUAAUUUGGUGGUAUUUAUUCA